AUGGACGUGGAAAUUCUACUGGAGUUCAAGCAAGGCAUGUUGCAAAGCAAUUCUACCUUUUCUAACUGGCAUGAAGGAAGCAAGGAUGGGAUUUGCAGCUGGAGAGGCAUUAGUUGCAAUUCUGAACGCCAAGUAGUGUCCAUACAUCUAUCCUCUGUGGAUCUUGAUGAAGCCUUGGUGGGAACUCUCACGCCAAGGCUUGGGCAGCUUUCAUAUCUUUCAGAGCUGGAUCUAUCGCUUAACAAAAUAACGGGGCAAAUUCCUACCACUCUCGGCAAUUGCUCCUCACUCACAAAGCUCAACUUGGGAGGGAACCAAUUGACUGGCCAUACCGGCAACAUUAGGAAGCAUUCCGCAUUCAAUCACAGCGCUCAAAACUCUCCAGCAAUUCAUGGAAGCAUUCCAAAAGGCAUUAGUCUUGAGAGACUUGACUUGAGUAAGGAAGUUCCUCCACUCAACAAAUGUACCAAGCUUGGCUAUCUCGACCUCCACGGAAACCCAAUAUGGAGCAGACUGCCAACGUUUGGUGCAUGCACUAACCUGGUUUACUUGGAUCUCUCAACGAACAAGUUCCAGGGAGAGAUUAGCUCAAGGCUAGAAAAUUGCUCCCAGCGCAAGGUUGUCAACUUUGCGCAGAACAAUUUCACGGGUGAGGUGUGGCUGGACGGCAGCUGCCAGGCAACCUUUGGAAGUUUCAUGGUUUCAAGGGCAACGGAUUUGAAUCUUGGCAUUUACACAGGGGUUCGGUUGAGCCUGGUCAUCAUAGUCAACGGCGUAAGGGUACAGUUUGAUCGGACAACCAUCGUUGCAAACAACAUGACUUCAUUGGGCAUCUCAAGCAACUCUCUCAACGGUGAAGAAAUUGGGCAACUGGUUGGACUAAUGUAUCUCAACCUCUCGCACAACCAGUUCACCGGUGCCAUACCUCUCAAUCUUUCCAGCUUGAAAAAGCUUCAGUCUCUUGACUUGUCGUGGAACAUGCUCCAAGGCAGGAUCCCAAACGAGUUUGGGGAAUUGCCUUUGUCAGCCUUUAAUGUUUCAUUCAACAACUUAAGCAGAUUGGUCCCAACUGCUUACAAUAUCAACACUCGAUCACUUGCAUUCCAAGGCAAUAAGACUUCCUCUGCCACGAAGCUUUGUGGGCAUUUGGCUGCGGUGUGUUUAUUGGCUUUUGGGUCACAUUUUUAG